AUGACAAUGACGAGUCUCCUGCUCAUUUCCCUGUUGGUAGCGUCCCUUCAGGUGUCCACCGCUGUCAACAUUACCACCACUCGUCGCAACAGCACCAUCUUUGCUCCAGUAGUUCAAGACUUUGGUCCGGACCAACCUCGCUAUUGGCCUCAAUACGGCGGCAAGCGUGUGGUCAAACUCUUGGAUGGGACCUGGGAAAUGGGGCAAUUGGGCUCCAUCGAUCAUCCUCCUCCCGCCGACUACGAUUCCAUGGAUCCCAACUUUGAUCCCUCCAAAGCGGAAACUCCCAACUCGACCGAAAUUCCCUCCUGCAUUGACAAUACGCCUCCGGGAUAUUUGGGAUACCGUGGCAUUACUUAUUUCCGUACUCAUUUUGACUAUGACUUGACCGCGUCUCCCGCCCGCUUGGUCUUUCAGGCGUGUUCCUUUUAUUGUCGCGUCUUUGUCAAUGGACAAGAAGUGGGAGAUCACAGAGCCGGUGGUUAUGUCGCCUUUGCUUUGGAUAUCCCCAAACAACCUGCCAACAGUACCAAUGGUACCACCAACCACAAUGAACUCUUUGUUUUGGUCGAUAAUCGAUUCAACAAAACGACCGCGCCCACCCACGAACGGGGGGACUAUUGGCAUUACAGUGGCAUUAUGAGAUCCGUCGAACUCCAUACGAUCGACGAAAGUCAAGUGUGGCCUUGGCGGGUCUACGUCUUGCCCACAUCCCUUAAAACAGUUGACAUUACCGUCCACUUGACUGAUCCUACCUAUUCGGGGAAAAUUACCGGGGGUUUUGCCUUUGAUAAAGUCAAGGGGAAUCCCUUUGUGCGAUUCCAUGCCAAGGCAGAAAAUGGAAUCUUGACGGUACCCAUUCAUCAUGUACCCGGUCCACGCUUGUGGUCCAUUUCCAAUCCCAACCUGCAUACGAUUGGUAUCAAGAUCAACGGUGGCAUUGUCACGGAACGAUUUGGACUGCGACAAUUUGGAGUUGACAAGGCAACGAGUCGCAUCACGGUCAAUGGCGAAAUUGUCAAAUUGGUGGGAUGGAAUCAUCAUACGCAGUGGCCGGAAACGGCCGCGUCACCCACCGAGAAGGAUAUGGACAAUGACAUGGCACUGUUACUGCAAGCGGGGACCAACUAUGUGCGAGGAGCCCAUUAUCCACAAGAUCCCCGGUGGUUGGAUCGAUUGGAUGAAGCGGGAGUCAUCAUGUGGUGCGAAACGCUAGGUGCGGGUGUCAAAAAAGAAGAUACGGUCGAUCCCUACUUUAUGAAGUAUCAGACGCAACAACUCCAUGAAAUGAUGGACAAUGCUCUGAAUCAUGCAUCGAUCAUGUUGUGGGCCUUUUUCAAUGAAGGACCCUCGGAUCAUGCCGAUGCCUGUGUCGGGUACGAGACUUGCGUCAAGGUCAUCAAGGAACGAGACCCCACCCGGCUGGUCACGUGGGCCAGCAACAAGUUGCAAAAUGACAAGUGCCUUCAUGCGGCCGAUGUCGUCAGUUUCAACAAUUAUCCGGCGUGGUAUGGUCGACCCAACGUUGAUCCGGUGGCCUUUUGGAACCAUCAUGCCGACCAUGUGAAGGCAGGAGCCUACAAUGGGACAUUGGGGAAACCCUUUUUGAUUUCGGAGACAGGUGCCGGUGGAAUCUACGAAUGGUCCGACAACAAGACGGCUGCCAAAUGGACAUUGGCGUAUCAGAGCAAGAUCAUUGGCAAAGAUGUCGAUGUUGCCAUUGCCAACCAGAACAUUUCGGGCGUGACGUUAUGGCACUUUUUCGAUUUCAAGACAUUUGACAACACCGAGAACAACACGCACUGUGACUACGUUCCCGAUAAGUAUCCACCCAUCUGCGCCUUUAUCAAUGUCAGUUCUUACAGACCUGGUGGCUUGAAUCACAAGGGAGUGAUUGACUUUUGGCGUCGAAAGAAGCCAAUCUAUGACAUUGUGGCUGGGAAGUACAAUGCCACGAGAAAGUUCCUGAAUUACACGACAACAGAUGUAGAUGUGAGCACCUCAUAG